CAGGGUAGGUUACCGGAAGUGUAGGCCGUAUGCGUUAUCAAUUUCUAAGGCGGUGAAACGUCCAUACAUGGACUAGCAUAUCUGGCGACGGAUGUACAAGACGAUGAAGUCCCUUAGCGUGCUGAUCGUCAUAUCGGUAUUGGCUAUGGUAGUGGUGGUAAGCUAUGUAUAUGUACAGUACUCAGGCCCAGUGUCCAAUCAGACUAAACCCACCAAACAACAGGAGACAGAUACGUGGAAGGAAAUUCAGAGGCAGCAAUUACAAAUAGAACAGCUCAAUCAGAAAAUAAAUCGCCUGCACUCAAAACUAAAUAAACAACGAGCUCAGCCAAUACCGAAACAGAAGCAGAGUCAGCCGAGUGCCUUAGAAGAGAAACAACGCCAACUGUUCGAUUCCUAUAAUAAUAUACCCGUAAAAGUAUAUGCUAACAACUAUAGAGACAAAACCUGGACCAGGGUCCCUGAGUUGUGUCAGAACUUAGCAGGUUUUCAAUCCACCAAACUCCACACAUUGUCCGGCGUGUUGGACAUAUAUAUUCACGACCCAAAGAAGGACAUAUGGGUGAGUGGUGCACUAGCCAACGGACAGAUAUGGGAGUCAGGAUUAGUUAACUUAAUUUUAACAACAUUAAAGAAAGAGAAAGAUGCAGCUUUUCUGGACAUUGGCGCAAAUCUCGGAGUGUAUUCAUUGUUUGCUGCUAAACAAGGGGUCAAUGUUAUAUCUAUAGAACCCUUAAUGGUCAACGUCCAGCGGAUGUGUACUUCUAUUCGCGCUGGUCAUCUCUCGGACAAAAUGACCAUUGUCCGUGGCGCCUUGUCUGAUAUGUCCGAGAAUGUCACGCUCGGUAUCGACGCUAAUAACGUGGGAGGAUCGUUUGUCAUCCAGAAUCAAAAUGAAAAUAAAGUCAAGGCAAGUCAUGUGGAAGGACAACACUCAGAUGUUGUCAUGUCAGCUACACUAGAUGACCUCUUAAAUCUUCCCGAUUUUAAUUUUUCACGAGUGGUUAUAAAAAUGGACGUUGAGGGAUAUGAACAUAAAGUGGUGCGAGGAGGGGUCGAAUUCUUUGACAAAGUCGCUGUACCAACCAUUCUCAUGGAAUGGGAGUUUCAUAAAGGUGCUGAGAGUGGAACGGAAAUAAUAAAAUUCUUCGGAUCUAGAAACUAUAUUGCAUAUGACCCGAUGGAAAAUACAUUUUUGGAUUCGAAAUUGUCAAGGUCAUGGCCACAUGAAAUAGUUUGGAGGAAGAAAGUAUAACUCAAUGCAUAUUGCAAUACCGCGAAAUGCGGAUAAUUAUGAAAGUUCUUAUUUUAUAUCUUAAUAAAUUUAUUAAAUGAUUAAAUGCAGAAUUACCGCCCCUUUAUUUGGUCCCUAUGUUACACUAGUUUUUUUCUUCUUCGAAUAAUGGUUUAUUCCAUAUAAUGUAGUUCCCGUGGUUAAGUAAAGUCACCUUUCUACAUUUAGCUUUCAUUAGCUUCCGCAGUCAUCAUUUUAAAACAUAUAUUAUGACUCACUGGAGAAUAUUUAAUCGCUUCGCUUGUAAAAGUAAUUGUUGUUCUCUCCACUUUGUUUAUUAUUUGUCAUAAACAGCUGAUUUUGUUUGCCUCUGAUAUUUGCUUCAUCAAUCCUUCUUUCACUUUAAAAUGAUAAACGCAGAAAAAUAACAUAAUCUGUAUAACAAAUGUGAUCGUUUUGUCUAACACGACAAUAGUCAUAUCUUGUUGCAUUGACAUUAGUCUACCUAAAUUACAAUGAGAACAACUAGCACAUCUGUUGUUAAUUCAGGCAAAUUUCUACAAGACUAUAGGAGGUAUUUGCCUGAUGAUUUCAUUCAUGAAUACUUCUAUAUAUUGGCCUUCAUCUAGUUAAAAACAAUAAUGAUUACUUGACUAACUCCAUGACGACGACUUUACAUUCACCUCUAUUAAGUUUACUUUUCUCAUAAUUUAGAUUCCGGUCCAGAGUUUAUUCGUCAUACUUGAUUCAAGAAGUUCUUAGGUAGAGUGUUUAUCAGAGAGUCUAUUAUCUCUGUUAAUAAAAUUUUAACGUGUUUAUGCCCUGAUUUUCACCCUUGAUAUCCUAUUGUCUACCAUUAUAAAACAUUUCCUCAUUAUUUCUUUUAACUGCGGUCACCUAAAUUACUGCCUUUAUUGCAAUUGGUGACCUACAGCGCAAAAAAACGUACCCUGCAACAGCACUAAGAAUCAAAUCCGAGUUUUAACUGAAGUUUUGAGGCCACCUCCGAGUUAUAGUGAGGAUAAAUAACGUCAUCUAUUAGUUUAAGUACGGGUUAAUGCCGUCACUUCUGAGAUUCAGUCGGGUUAAUGACGUCAACUCUGAGUUGAGUGAGUUUUCAAUGUGAUCCCUUUGUUCGGUGUUUCCUUAACCUUCUGGUACUGUCCUUUUAUAAGAAUUUGAGUUAAGAUUGCGCCUUUAUAAACUGGUGUUCCGCAUUUGAUAUAAAUUAUAAUGUGUUUUUAUUUUAUAAAAUACGGGUCAAUACACAGCUGCUGACAGUUCGAUAAGUUUAACGACAAUUGAUUGGAAAAGUUUGUAUCUAGUGUUUUGAUUAGGUUUAGAUUUAGUAUUGUGUAAUUUCCUAUCAACAGCUAUGGUCUCUUUAUUUUAUCAACCUUACCAUUCCAAAGAAAUUCAUAAAAGAUACAAUUGAGUUUAUGAGGAAUUUGUUCACUUGGAUUUGGUAAAGAAAUAAACAAAUGAUUAAAUUGGGAUACCAUUAAUGAUUUUAUGACAUGUAUUUUACCAAUAGGUGUAAAAGAUCUUCUUUUCCAUGAAUU